AUGAUGAGGCCGGGGGACGAGUACUGGUACCAGCAGCAGCAGAAGCAAGGCGGCCCCGGCGGCUUCGUCAUCGGCGGCGCGCCGCACGGCGUGAUCAUGGCGGUGGUGGUGGGUCUGGUGGUGGGAGGGCCGCUGUUCCUGGGCGACGGCGGGGAGGCGAUCAAGUCCGCGAUUGCGGACCUGCUGGGCCCCACGGGCCUCCUGCUGCUCCCCGUCACGCUCAUCCUUGUCAUCCGCGUGCUCUCCUCCGACCGCGGGGCCGCCGGCGCGCUCGCCGACGCCCUCGCCCUCGGUGGGUCCCCGGACUCCGUGCACCGCGUCGGCGUCGCGCUCGCGCUCGCGCUCGCGCUCAUCGCCGUCCUCCUCUACUACCGCUCCGCGCUCCUCGGCGGCGGCGACGACGAGUAG